AUGUUUGUCCUUGUUGUUGGCAUUUUGUUAAAUAGCUAAAUUCAUGUUGUAUCUCAGCUGGUCGCCAGCUGAUAGAAAAUGAGCGAGAAAAGUCAAUAAAGGUGCGCUAUUUCGAUAUUGAUAACGUGGCGAUACGGUGACAUAUUUAUGUAUUAUGUGAACUGCAGGUGAAUUUACAGUGAAUAUCGGUCAUAUAACAUUAUGGCGGUUCAAAAUAUAGCAGUGAAAUUAUGUGGCGUGCUACAAGCGCAAGGCGAAGAAGAAGUGACGGCACGAGAAUGGCGUCUCUUGGGCCAGGAACAAGACGGAUCGCAACUCCUAAGCUGGGUCUCAGAUAAGGAUGGCAAAGAGGUUUUAAAUAUUGGAUCAUAUACCAAUAAGAACAAAACAUUGAUUGUUCUUCACACUUUCGAUGAGAAAUUGAAUAUAAUACAAGCAUCUGUGAACGCUACACACACAUUAUUAGUGUACAUUGUGAAGAAGCUUGCAAAUGAAAAUGAUGAGAACAAGGAAUCUUUAUACUGUCCCUAUUUGGUCUGCUUACUGCCUGAGAGUGAUAGGACACCUGAGGCUGUAGAAGAUCCGUCUAUCAAACAAAUCAUGGUUCAAUAUGUCUAUGGAAAAAGCACCAAGUACAGUCCCGGUAUAAGGAAUGACAGAUUCUUACUGUUCAAGCAUUUGGAAUGUAUCAAAAUAUACCGCACCCCUAUGUUCCUCAAUGAAUGUGACGAUGGCACUGACAAAUGGGGUUUUGAUGGCAUUUAUCCUGAACCUGAGAAGAUUGUCAAAGUAUUCUCAUGGGCACAAUGGGACUGUGUAAAUCAGGUGUUGUACUACAUACACUAUAGGCAGCCGACUCAGAGUUUUGCCGAAGGUGAAGAAGUGAAAUCUCCGUCGGAAAUGACACCGACCUUAUCCGCGUUUCAGUUUCACGCCGACUUGCCGCACGAGACUGUUCUGAACAUCCCGUUGAGUUUGCCUCACGUGUCGAGUUCGGGCGAGGGAGCGGCUUGCGGCGCGUACGAGGAUGACCCCAUCCCUCUACGCGUGCACGACUGCAGUCUGGACCUUCAGAUUGUGUGCGAUCAGAAAGGCGUUCUGUGUAUAUGCCAUCAUUAUCUUUAUAAACCUCUAGAUGACUCCACAACAUCCUUGGUGCUGGAAGACAGUGCUGAUCUGAAGGACUCUGGAGUGAACUUUGCGUACUCCAUCACACUACUGCAGCACGGAUGCGUGGUCCACAGUGUGGUUCCUGACCUGCCCUGGUCGCUCGCCAAGUCUUUGAGACCAUCCUACACUCUUUAUGCUGACAACCACCUUCUAGUCAACAUUCCGAUGCUCUACACACAAAUGAUAGACAUCAGUUUGUACCAUGAACCUUGCUGCCACAUCGUGAUACCCAUGGAGGAGUGUGACAGUGGGCCCAGUCUGGCUCCCAUCCUGGGCUGGGGACCACAUGCCAUGGUCGACCUGAACACCCUGGACGUAGUCACCAUGAUCGUCGCCGAUAAGGAUCUAACAGCCACCUUCAAGAGUAACACGGCUGUAGAGAAUAAGUUGGCUAUCCUCCAUUAUCUGAUACAGCAUGAUGGCAACAUGGAUUUGGCUGAAGAGCUGAUAUCCUGGAUGUGCUUAAACCAACGCGAUGGGUUCGGGGCGUUCCAGCGAGUGAUGCAGGAGUACCUGAUUGGUACCACGUACGCGGUGACCCGUCGCUCUCUGCCCGCAUCGGCUCUCAACCUCAUGAAGAUGUUGCCCUUCACACAACACCUCAAGUUUGCUGAUGUCAAGGUUCGCGACAUGUGUGUGUCGGUGAGCCAGGAGAAGCUGUGGAACAGCUCGGUGGUGGUGCUGGCGCCGCGGCAGCGCGUGUGCCAGUUCGCCGAGGACGUGUGGACCCGGCUCUGGGCCGCGCUCAACGACCAGGCGCAGAAGCGACUGCAACCGCAGGCCGUCAUCGACAAACUGCGGGUCAGCCUGCACUGCUACCAGCCUGAAGCUCUAUCCCGCUGCAGCACCCCCCUGUCCCCGGGCGCGCCGCCGCCCCCACUGAGCGCUCCGCAGCGGCGCUCGUCCAUCGGCAGCGGACAGGACCUGCUGCCAUUCUUCGAGCUCGACGUCUGCACCGCCAGCAAGCAGGAACAUAUCAUCGCUGCGAACUUGCGUGAGGUGAGCGUGCACCUGAUGCGGGAGAGCGCGGGGGGCGCGGGCGGGCGUGGUGGGGGCGGGGGCGUGGAGAGUGGGGUGCAUGCCGUAGCGACGCGCUGGGCGGCGGCGCAGCUGGACGCGGCGCGCGCGCUCUGCCGCGCUCUCACGCGCCCGCUGGCCGCCGCGCCGCAACACCACCAGCAACGCGGCUUCUCCUUCAUCGAUGAAAUGGACCCAACGCACGCGUUCAUAGUGUUCAAAGUCCUGGAGCAGUAUUACUUGGCGACGGACUCCAUCGCGUUUCCCCUGCCUCAGGGGUUCAGUUCCUUCUUCACUUACCUCGGCUACCGCACGCUACCGUUCCACUCAUUCGUCCAGUAUGUACACCGCAAUGUCUUCGAGCUGCAAAUUGAUGUUAUGAAGGCUAUUAUUGCCUCCAAAGACGACGAGAACAAGACGGCCGUGAACAACAAGCUGCGGCUGAUCCAGUUGGUGGGCGAGGGCCGCGCGCGGCGCGCGCUGGCGUGCUGGGCGCACCGCGCCGCGCUCGUGUUGCGGGCGCGGGACCACGCGCACACGCUGCUCAGCGGGGGCAGCGCCGCCGCGCACGAACUCACGCGACACCGCCCCGUCAAGGACACUGGCAUAGCAGCUCUGCCUUCAGGGGAGCGGCUGUCUCCACUGGACACGUUCCUGGACUUGUUGACAGCGAAGGCCAGCCUCAACGAGUUGGACUUCAACCUCAUCAUCGAGGCCACCCUGGCAUCAGUACAACAGGACACAGCAGCUUAAUAUUAUUAUGUUCUAGUGAAUGUGCUUCUCGUAGUUGAAUUUAGUCUUAUUACCAAAGAGUACAUAGUAGGUAAAUAACUGCCCCAAUUAGUCCUAUGAAUUUCACAUUUAAUCAUCGACAGAGUACAUACAGUCUUAUUUUAAAAAUGUUAAUUAGACACAGUUUUCAAUAUGUUAGGCAUAUUUUUUUUAUCACUUUGCACUCUCUUUUUGCCAGAUCACAUUUAGAAAGGGUAGGUUUGUUUUGUCUGUUGUUCCUAUACACACGUUUACAGUAUUUUUAGGGGUAAUCUGAUCUUUAACAUUCCAUUAUUUGGGGACGUCCAUUAAUUGCGUGGGACUCAAUUAGGGGAGAGGGUUC